AUGUCUUCGGGGGGGAUUCGAAAGAAUACACGAAACCCUGUCACAGGAUCUACAGCGUCUCUGGGUGAGACAUGCAAAACAUGCACCCCAUGUCGCCGGAAGAAGGUCAAAUGUGACGGAACGCGACCACAGUGUCUCGAAUGCACCACUAACGGCCGCAACUGCGUCUAUCCUCGUGAUGCAAGACGCGUACCCAGACCAUCACAGACCCUGGUGCAGAGCCUGGAAGCCACAGUUGCAACGAUGCGAGAGCAUUUGAAAGCCUCAGGCAUCUCCCCGGUCCAUGUACAGCUUCAAGACUGCAUACCACCUGUGCAGGGAAAUGCAGGAACUGACGUCCGCAGAGUGAUUGAUCAAGAUCAGGACUAUGGUCAUUCCUCUCAAAGUGAAAGUCUCAACUAUCUUGCCUCGACUGCUGCUGUUGCCAGACCGCUACCAACCCCGCCCUCAUCAAUAUCAAUGAGACAGGACUUUCCCAGCGCCAUAGACCAUAUUCCAUAUCAACCCAACAGAAAUCAAAUGAUGGAAGGACGGACGGGUCUCGGAACUCCACAUUUGCAGCGGCCUGUAUCGACAAGUCAUUCUGUGGAUACUGGAUAUUCUAGAGUGGACUCGGCAAUUGGCCCACGGCAGAUGGAGCAGGAAGCAGAGGAUACUGCGCAGGAUUACACAGGCGUCGGAGGAACAACGGGUAUGUCUCCAUGCGAAGCCCGUGUUGCUGGGGCAUUUCAUGAGCAUGGUUGUGUCUCGACGGUGCACGGAUUGUCCAGCAUAAUGAACCCCACAUCUAGGGCUCAGCAUAAAGAGAAUAUCUCCAACAUGGUAAGCAAGGGGGAAAGCGCUAUCGCUGCCUCCAAAGCAAGACUGAUUAGCAAUGCUGCAUUACAAAGACAGCGGGAAGCUCGCAUAUUCCGCCAGCCAUCCAACACGAUGGAUCUUGAUGGGUGCGAACCUGAGCUGGCGAAACAUCUGCUGGAUCUUCACUUCAAUCGUCAGCACUACGCCUAUCUUAUUUCUUACCGUCCGGCCAUCAUGGGCAGCCUUGCCAACGGUGGGGGCCCCUGGGUCAACAAGCUGCUUCUAAACGCCAUCUACUACUCAAGCACACUCUACAGUGACAGGCCGUACCUGCGUUCCAAACCAGAUGAUCUGAGCAGCGUCGGCGCUCAAUUCUAUACCCGGUUUAGACAGCUUUUGGGGGACGCCAUCGACAAGCCCAGUAUUCCUUCCGCUAUGGCUUUGUUACUGACUAGCGCAACUUUGGUAUCGCAGGGUCAUUCGAGUGCGGGCUGGAAUCUAUCUGGUACUGCAUAUCGCAUGAUUAUUGACAUGGGAUGUCACUUGAUGCUUGGGCCCGAUCAUGAAAGUACGGCUACUUCCAGCGACCUCCUGACUCGAGAUCUAGAACGGGAAAUGCGGACACGACUGUACUGGGGCGCUUUUGCUACCGACGCCACACAAUCUCUGUAUCUCGGCCGCCCGUGCAUGUUUGCCUCUACUGAGGCCAGAGUCCCGAUGCGAUUUCUAGACACAUUUGAAGAACUUGAGGAAUGGGAACCAUAUAUUGAUCCGGGAUCUUUGGCCCCUCCUCCGCCAGCAUACGCGUCACAGCCAGCUUAUGCUGUCUCGACAUUCACCUGUCUCGUUCGAUUAUUUCAAAUAUCAGCCAAAAUUACUGACUUGUACGGGAUUCAAACUAUAAAGUGCAGCUCGGAAGAUAUAAGGAACAAGAAAGCUAGCAUCAUCAGAGAACUGGAUAAGUGGUCGGAUUCGCUACCAGAUCACUUGAAGUUCGAUCCAGAUGGAUCAUUUAUCCCGCCUCCGCACCAUAUAACCCCCCUUACUACCUAUCAUGCCUUGACAAUUCUUUUAAACCGCGCUUUCUUAGAAGAAGGCCAUCUCCGCCGCCACAGGGCGGAAGGAGAUCACAGAAAAUGUGAAGAGGCGUGUAUUAACAGCGCUCUUGCAAUCCAAAAGUUUGUUCGUGCAUAUAGGAAGGCUUUCACACUUCGUCGAGCGCCCUUCCUUCUCUCAUAUGCCGUUUACUCUGCCGUAAUUGUGAUCAUCCGCCAGGAGCGACACGAUCGCGGACAGUUUAUGGAGCCUAUAUCAUUUUUCUGGACUUGUCUAAGCGAACUACAGCAUGGAUGCAACGUCGGCUUGAAAAAGCCUCUCAGUAUUCUUAGAGACAUGGUCCAUGAAUUUCGUGUCAGUGUCAAAGAAGGCGGGCUUAUCAUGGAUGAGAUGCCUCAGCUCACGAGCCUCGACGAGUCAUUCUUCCAGCUCCCCAUGAAUCCGCCAAGCAACGAACCGUCUUUAGAUACACCGGGGGACUUUGUCUCUGACUAUCUUGGCAUGGAAGCUGUCGAUGUUGGCCUUGAAAAUUUCUCACCAGAUUUCUUGGACUCGAUGAAUGAGCUGCAGAAGGACGUAACUCAUGAUACAUUAUACGGGCUAUUUGCACACCCAACCAUGUUCCGGUGA